AUGAGUUCACCGGCCAACCCUCCUGGUCCUCUUACUCCUCCCGCAGAACCAUCUUCACAAGCCGCCCAACCGCCUCAACCCUCUCAAACGACGACACAACCGCAAGUGGAGGCGCUUCUCUCCCAGCCACUGACCUCAUUAUCCGACGAUGGAAGCGCAAGGAGGCCCCGAGAUCAUCGGCUUAUACACCUGUUACUUGCCUCUCACGGUAUAACAGCUUACCAGCAAAGAGUUCCUCUACAGUUGAUGGAUUUCGCCUAUCGAUACACGAGUUCAGUCCUGAGUGACGCACUGCAUAUCCAAAACGAGGCCUAUGACCAAGCAGAAGGAGGAGACCAGAAGAAAGGAAGGGGUUCCAAACAAAAUCAAGCCAAAGCGGAAGAAGGCGAUGUCAGUCUGGCGGCGCUACGUAUGUCCAUAGGCUCGAGGGUGGGACACCAGUUUCAGGCCAGCCUACCAAAAGAAUUCCUGAAGAGUUUAGCCGACGAGAGAAACAGAAUAUCCCUCAAUUCCCAGGCAAGGGAUGGCGAGAAGAGCGGACCGAUGAUAGGAGGCAUCCGACUCCCUCAUGAGAAGUUCUGUCUCACGGGGAUGGGAUGGGGUUUAAAGGAUGAAUGGGACAGUGAAGGGGAAGAGAGCGUUGAAGAAGAGCCAGAAGCCCGUCCAGAGCCAGAAAAUCUUAUGCAGAUGGACGAGAAAGAAGGCGAUGAGGAUGACGAAGGCAUGGGCACGAUGGAAGACGUUUUUGGCCCAGACGAUGCAGGCGGCGCUGGCGCUGGCGACAAGGACGGAGAUGCGGAAAUGCAGGGUUGA